CGCCCACCCGCCGUGCCGCCCUUCACACUUGGUGAGCUCGUGGAUUGUUGCGUUUGGCGACCAGACUCGAAAAGCUCCGCUCGCCCGGCUCGCGGGAAUCUCGCGGAUCUCCCCGAAAAUGAUGGCUUCUUGCGCGCCGCUCUCGGCACCUCUCUGUCGCCCCCAGAGCCACUUCUCUUCUUGGUGCUCCGCUGGGAUCCUUUUAGGGGCCCUAGUGCUCCCGCUACCCGUAUCCCCGUCCGGUACCUGUGAGCCACCGCCAACAUUUGAAACUAUGCAGCUCAAGGGUAAACCUGACAGAGUUUAUUUUCCUGGGGAGAGACUGUUUUAUGAGUGUCGCCCAGCAUAUGAGCGCCUGUUUCCCUAUAGCCUCUCGACUUUUUGUGAGCAUAAUGGCUCAUGGUUCCCAAUUGAAGAAGCUUGUACAAGAAAAAAAUGUCCAACUCCACAACUCAAAUAUGGUGAAGUAACAUCCCCAAAUUCUUCCUAUAUGUUUGAUUCAGAAGCUCACUUUUUGUGUGAUGAGGGUUAUCACUUAGUUGGACGAAGUAUUCUAACUUGUAUACGUGUUGGAAGUAAUGUGCGUUGGGAUGAUAUUAUCCCACAAUGUGAACUGAUUUUGUGUUCGCCACCUGGAAAAAUAAAAAAUGGAAAAUACACCAAUAGCUACAUGAAAUCAUUUGAAUAUAAUCAGUUCGUAACUUACAGCUGUAACCCUUCAGAUGGGCCAGAAGAAUAUUCACUCGUUGGAGAGAGCCAGCUCACUUGCUCUGGGCCUGACACAUGGAGUAGUGACCCUCCUGAAUGUAAAGUGGUCAAAUGUGAACUUCCAGUACUUGAACAUGGAAGAGCAGUAUCAGGAAUUAGAGAAAAAUUUUCCUACCUAGCAGUGGUUAUAUUUGAAUGCCUCCAGGAUUUCUACCUUAAUGGCAGCCACAUAGUGUUCUGUGGUGGCAACAGUACUUGGGAGCCCGAGAUGCCAACAUGUAUUAAAGGUUUCAAGCCUACUCAUCCAACCAAGCCUCCAGUUUGGAACUAUCCAGGAUAUCCCAAUCCCCGUGAAUUUCUAUCCCUUGAAGACUUUGAGGACUUAGAUAGAGGAAUCAUUGCUCUGAUUGUUGUUACUGUAGUUCUUGGUGUUGCAGUAGUUUGCACUUGCCUGUACAGAUGUCUUCAGAGAGAGAAGAAAGGGGAACCAGAGGUUAUCACAGCAGACACCACUAAGCAGGAUAAACCAACCGCUCCAGCGAAGUAGAAGCACUGAAUGGUAACUUCUUCUAACUUCUUGGUGAAUUUAAAGAAGCUCUAAAGUUUAUGGAUGGCAUUUGUUCUUCACCUUUUUUAAUACCAAUAAACCAGUCUGUAGGGAAUCAGUCAGGAUUUAGAAUCAGUUGCUACUUCUGUAAAAAGUUAGGGAGCUCUAACACCCAUAACAAGGAUACCAGGUUCAUGGUACAGAGUGAGCACUGCGGUCUUGUAGUUUUCUUAAAGAGAAUUACAUCUUUAAAAGAAUUAGAAUCCACUCUAAAUUCUGGCUAUUGGUGGUUUUCUGUCCCUACUUGAAUAAGGAGAUGUCUUACUUUAAUAUGUCAUCUAAAAGUAGGCAGUUUCAUCAGGAAUAAAUUCAUCAGAUAACCUCCAGCUGUAUCAGAAUCUUAAUCAUUCUGUGCAUCUCACCUUAUCUGCUAAAAGGCAGAGUGAAAAUGAAGCCAUGUAUUUCAGAAAAGGAAACUUAAUUGCGUAUUUGCUUUCCAUCAUAGGAAGGGACUGAAAAAAGAAACAGCUCAGGCAGCACAUUAUGCUCAGGUGGAGUAGAUCCCGCCCUCUUCUGAGCCCUCAUUGGCAGGCUUUCGGAAGUAAGCCAGUGGGAGAAGAGGAGGGACGCCACGCUGAUUCACAUUACAUUUCUGAAGUUGGGUUUUACGCUGUGAUAUUUAGUAGCACAAAUUGGGCCGAAGAAACGUUGCCCUGAGAAGGAUGUGAGCUGGGGACUCAACGGUGGCCUGGAGUGAACAUUGUUUCACUCCUAAAGUCAUGUUAAUAACGCGCUGGACGUGUUCCUUCCCUUUGUAAUCUCUGAUGGGGCACUUCAGGAAGAUAAGUUUGGGCAGAAGAAACAGGAAUUCUGAAUUCAAUAUAGAGUUGAAAUUUUACUGUACGCAUUUUCACAUAAUUUUCAAGAACCUAGCACUUGAUUAGAAGCAAGGGGUACCUGUACUAUUUAUUUUUUGAAAGGCUAAUUGAAGUAUUUUUGAACCAAGGAUUUGUUUUGCUUAUUACAAUAAAUCGACUUUUCUAGUAGUUUUGCUUCAAAUUUAGUUUUUUUAAUUUGAAAUAUUAAAUGUGAGAUUGAUAUAUUUGUGCAAAUAUUGUGUUCUGUGUGUCAAAUACUUAAAUAUAUAGGGAAACAAGUUUCUCUAGAAAAGUUUGUUUACAUGACAAGGAAAGGAGCAUAUUUGAGUUUAAAAGUUUCUUAAAACUGCAAGAAUGAAUUUGAAGUGAAAUGAAAGACCCGUCUAUAGUGUUCUUUAUUGUUCACUUUUUGAAAAUUGGAUGUUCAAAUCUGGUAUAAAAUAAAAUAUAGGUUUGGAGAA